AUGGAAGCUGCGAAAGUGAUUGCAAAAGAUCUUGGGUUCUUUUUGACACAUUCAUCAACCAAAUCAAAUGAUGGCGAGAAGUACCCCCGAAUAUAUCUUCACUGCCAUCGUGGAUAUAAGAACAAUACAUAUGUCCCAGAUCCGGAUAAGGUUCGUAUAUUUGUCUAUUAUAAUUUAACAUUCGUAUAUAAUUUCAAUUACAAUAAAAUUCCCAUCACAAUAUAA